AGUAUUCUGAUGGCUCUCCUCACUUUGAGUUUAUGCUCUUGAUUCAUUCCUAUCGUCCUACCAAACCCGCUUGGCCGUACCACACUUUUCUGUUACUUUUCCAAUUCUCCUGUCUUACACCACGGCCUGCCCAUGAUGAGCGUCCACGACAGCGAGAAGAAUGUUUCGCCUACGGAUGAGAAGAUUGAUAUCCAUGCAGUAAAUCACACCAAAUCUCUGUGGUCAAGAUAUCUCAAUUCUCUUGAUACCUCAGGGCUUAUAUGAUGGUUGAAUUGCCACUGACGGUGUGGUUCCAGGUCGAACGAACCCCAACUGAUGAAGCCAAUGAUGCAGCAAUCGCUCAAUUCACUCCGGAAGAGCAGAAGAAAAUCAUCCAUCGAAUCGAUAGAAGGCUUGUAGUGACAUUGGGCGUUCUAUAUUGCUGCAGUUUGAUGGACCGUGUGAACCUCAGUUCCGCAAACAUUGCUGGGUAAGUUCCAAGCAGGUUUUUAAGACUGCCUCGCUUUUACAGCAACUUACGUAUCUACAGAAUGGCUAAGGGACCGGGCUCUCUCCAUCUUGUCGGAGCCCAGUACAGUUUAAUCGUACUACUCUUUUUCAUUCCCUAUGUUAUUUUCCAACCUCCCGCCACGGUCUUGAUGCGUAAAAUUGGACCCCGGAUCUUCCUCACUGCAAUUGUCAUCUUAUGGGGUGUAUGUAUAAUGGUAGGUCCUUUCCCUUCCAUAAGUCGUGACAUACAUCGCUCAUUGGAAUCAGUGCUUUGGAUUUGUGGAGAAGUGGGAUCAAAUGGCCGGUCUGAGAAUUAUCCUCGGUGUCCUCGAAGCUGGUUUUUUCCCUGGAUCCGCGUAUCUUAUGUCGUGCUGGUAUACACGUUAUGAGCUACAGAAGCGAUAUGCCGUCUUCUACCUUAUUGGUAGUCUGGCUUCUGCUUGCUCUGGCAUUCUCGCGUACGUUGUCUACACUUUACCUACCAUUUCAAACUACUAACAGGAUUUACAGAUACGGUAUCAUGCAAAUGCACGGAUUAGGAAACCUCGCCGGCUGGAGAUGGAUCUUUAUUGUUCGAUUAUUCUACCAUUUCUCGCAACUAUGGAAGUACUAAUGAAAAUAAUAGAUGGAAGGACUUAUCACCUGUGCCGUCGGCUUCGGCGCCUGGUUCCUCAUCGUCGACUUCCCUGAACUCGCAGCCAGGUCAUGGCGCUUCCUCAACGAACGGGAAACCGCUUUUGUGGUAGCCCGUAUCCAGCUAGAUCGCGAUGAUGCCGUGCCAACAACAUUCAGUGCUAUUGCUUAUAUGAAGAAUGCUCUUGAUCUCAAAGUUUGGGGUUUUGCUCUCAUCUUUGGUCUUAGUACCACUGUUACUUACGCCAGUAAGGUUUCUUCCCAUUUUUCUCACACUUGCACACUGCUAAUCUCAAAUUUCUAGUUGCGUACUUUCUUCCCAUCAUCUUGGUCCGUGGAAUGGGCUUUUCCAUCGCAGAAGGACAGUGUCUUGUUGCGCCUCCGUAUGCCUGCGCGGCUUUAUUCAUGUACCUCAUGGCCAUGAUGAGUGACAAAUUUCGUAAUCGAGGUGGAGUAGUAAUCUUCAAUGCGUUGUUGGGACUCAUCGGAUUGCCUUUAUUGGGAUAUGCAAAGAAUAACGGUGUGAGAUAUUGUAAGUACUCUUCGAUAUGGAUUCGUAGUAUGAGAGAGAUACUGACUCUAUUACGUUCUAGUCGGUGUCUUCCUCGCAACUAUCGGCGCCAACGGAAACAUCCCCGCAAUCCUUACCUAUCAAGCAAACAACAUUAGAGGUAUAUCAUCCCCCAAUUCCUCUCCCCCUGAAAACUAACUAACUCCUCCACCACCAGGCCAAUGGAAACGCGCCCUCUGCUCCGCGACCCUGGUCGGUUUCGGUGGCAUCGGCGGCAUCAUGGGCUCAACCGUCUUCCGCGAGCAAGACGCACCCAAAUACGGCCCUGGAAUCCUGACCUGUAUCCUCGCGAACGGAGUCAUUAUUCUCGUUGUUGGACUGCUCAGUCUGAAGUUCCAUCUUGCGAAUAAUCGCGCGGAUAGGGGUGGAAAGAUUAUUGAGGGACAGGAGGGUUUUAGGUAUACUUUGUAGUUGGGCCGGACAAAUGGGUUCGGAUUGGUUUGGUGGAUAAUUUAGGGAUAUUCUUUUUCUUAAUUGAG